GCUGAUGCAGCUCUGCCAGGCUGGACGUGAGUGGAUGAGAGGGGAAAAAAAGCCCUCAGCAGGAAUCCUCAGUCCCCUGCAGGAGGAUCACGGUGACCGGGGCCGCGGCGUCCUGCGGCGGAGGAACCAUCCAGGUUCGGAUUACCGUCUGCCGGUCCUCCACCUCUGGACGGAGGGGAAUAAAGGGGGGACCAUUGAGGUCAGAGGAAAGCGUUGCCAGGGCGACACUGCGGCGCGCGCGUCCCACACCGGUGGGGAAGAGAGGGCGCGCGCUGGCGAGGCCGCGCUUGUGCGCGCGACCUGCGACAGCGAGCCGAAGCGGUCGCGUGCGUCCACAUCAGCCGGAGCUCCGCGAGCCGAGCCGCAUCCAACCCAGCCAGCUCGGGAUUCUCCCAGACCGGGUUUACCGUGGAAUUAUCAGCAGGUCCAACAGAACCGGAACCCGAACUGAGUCCUCACAGGUGAUCCCCGUUGAUGCUGUGGAGUUAUCCUGGUGCUAAACCCAGACUCUGCUUCUCACCAGCCUGUCAGACUUGAAUUUCAGUCACACUCUGAUCCGAACCGAGCCGGUCAGCUCGGAUGGAGAACCAACCCGAACUGGUUUUGGUGUUUAAAUCUGCGGCUGCUCGAUCUCUUUAUCCUCCAUCUGCUGUCAUGAAGUCCCACCUGCUGAUGGAGUGAAGGAGGUCCAGGAGGGCAUUCAGUACUACAUUUUUAUUUAGUAUUGCUAUUUUUGGAUCAAGCACUCUUCUUUUUGCUCCUUUGACUAUUUACCCAGAAGAGGAGUUGAAGCCGGACAGAUCUUCAGCCUGAGCAGCAGAGGAGCACACUAACAGAUCAACUCAUCAAUCCAGUUAUGAGGAUGAAAGGAGACAAAUAGGUAUGGAACGCAACAGAACCAUGGAUGGGGAAGUGCUUUGGAUCGUUGUUAAUCGGAAUCACCAUUGACCUGGCACCCAAACCAAGACCCAAACCACUUUUCCCAGAACCCCAACAACCCUUCUUUCCCAUCUUACCUCCUGCCUGGUCUUGAUCAUCAACGCAUCACCUGUGGUUUUCAUUUUUACCUGUUAUGCUUCACUGUUCUCACCGUUGGUCCUAAUCAUCCCAGAAAGAACCAACUAAAAGCAGGAGGAUGAGCAGUAUGAUUGCAGCCAUUGACUCUAUUCCAAGGUUAAGUAAACAAAGGCGGCAGGGUUUGCUGUCCAGGACACAUCCCUUCAGCUUCCUGACAGACCGGAGCCUCAUGAGCAUGCUAGGUCUCGUCUUGUUUUUCAGCCUGGCUUCAUGCCAGCGGAUGGACCCUUCCAAGCACCCCAUAGUCAGCACCAACUAUGGAAAACUCCGGGGUAUCAAGAAGGACUUGAACAAUGAGAUCCUAGGCCCUGUGGAGCAGUACUUGGGAGUGCCGUAUGCCACGGCGCCAAUAGGAGACCGCCGAUUCCAGCCACCAGAGGCUCCGGGAUCCUGGCAGGAGAUCAGAAACGCCACCCAGUUUGCCCCCGUUUGCCCUCAGAAUGUACAUGGGGUGCUGCCAGAGAUCAUGCUUCCUGUAUGGUUUACAGACAACCUAGAUGUGGCGGCUGGAUACAUUCAGAACCAGAGCGAGGACUGCCUCUACCUCAACAUCUAUGUCCCCACAGAGGAUGGUCCGCUCACAAAAAAAACUGAUGAAUCUUCAAUGAACAAGCCUCGAGACGAAGAUAUCCGUGACCGCAGGAAGAAACCCGUGAUGCUGUUUAUUCACGGCGGCUCCUACAUGGAAGGAACCGGGAACAUGUUCGACGCCAGCGUCCUCGCCGCCUACGGCAACGUGAUCGUGGUGACCAUGAACUACCGGCUGGGCGUGCUCGGUUUCCUCAGCACUGGAGACCAGUCUGCUAAAGGGAACUACGGCCUGCUGGACCAGAUCCAGGCUCUACGUUGGCUCAAUGAGAACAUCGGUCACUUUGGUGGAGACCCAGAGAGGAUCACCAUCUUUGGUUCUGGAGCAGGAGCCUCCUGUGUGAACCUCCUUAUCCUGUCACACCACUCAGAAGGUCUGUUCCACCGGGCCGUAGCUCAGAGUGGUACGGCCAUUUCCAGUUGGUCCGUCAACUACCAGCCACUGAAGUACACCAAGAUCCUGGCCCGGAAGGUGGGCUGCACCUACUCAGAGACAGCCGACCUCGUCGACUGCCUCAGACGCAAGACCUUCAGGGAGCUGGUGGAUCAGGACAUCCAACCAGCCCGCUACCACAUAGCCUUUGGCCCCGUGGUGGAUGGAGAUGUGGUACCUGAUGAUCCUGAGAUCCUCAUGCAGCAGGGGGAGUUCCUCAACUAUGAUAUCCUUAUUGGAGUGAACCAAGGAGAGGGACUGAAGUUUGUGGAUGACAGUGAGGAUAACGAUGGCAUCUCUGCAGCAGCUUUUGACUACACCAUCUCUAACUUUGUGGACAACCUCUAUGGAUAUCCUGAAGGUAAAGACAUUCUGAGGGAGACCAUUAAGUUCAUGUACACAGACUGGGCUGACAGGGACAACGGUGACAUGAGAAGGAAGACUCUGUUAGCUCUAUUCACCGACCACCAGUGGGUUGCACCAGCUGUCGCCACUGCCAAACUCCACGCUGAAUUUCAGUCCCCAGUUUAUUUCUACACGUUCUACCACCACUGCCAGACUGAGACACGACCCGAGUGGGCUGACGCGGCACAUGGAGAUGAGAUACCGUACGUGUUUGGCGUCCCAAUGAUCGGUGCAACAGACCUGUUCCCAUGCAACUUCUCGAAGAACGACGUGAUGCUGAGUGCUGUGGUCAUGACUUACUGGACCAAUUUUGCCAAGACAGGUGACCCCAACCUGCCUGUCCCUCAGGACACCAAGUUUAUUCACACUAAGCCUAACCGCUUUGAAGAAGUCAUUUGGACAAAGUUUAAUCCAAAAGACAAGCAGUAUCUCCACAUUGGCUUAAAACCUCGAGUUAAGGAUAACUACAGGGCGAACAAGGUGGCCUUCUGGUUGGAACUGGUCCCCCAUCUCCAUAGUCUACAUGAGAUCUUCCCCACCACUACCCGGCCUCCACUGGGCUCUGGCCCAGGCCCAGGCACCAUCAGACCCUGGCCUAGAACUCCAGGCCCUCGAACAACUCGUCACCCCUAUCCAACCUUCCCUUCCGAAUCUGAGCCUGAGGGCUCAGAGCGUCCACACCAGGACCUCUUUCCUGGAGACACCCGAGACUACUCCACCGAGCUGAGUGUCACAGUUGCCGUGGGAGCUUCUUUGCUCUUCCUCAACAUCUUAGCAUUUGCUGCCCUUUACUACAAGCGCGAUAAGCGGCACGAGAUGCGACGACAUCGGUUGUCCCCCCAGCGAGGCGUUCCGGCCAAUGACCUGGCUCACAGUCAAGAGGAGGAGAUCAUGUCCCUGCAGAUGAAGCAUUCGGAGCAUGAUGCUCACCACGAUAUGGAGCCCCUCCGUCCGCAUGAUAUCCUCCGACCAUCCUGUCCACCUGACUACACCCUGGCACUGCGCCGCGCCCCGGAUGAUGUACCGCUGAUGACACCGAACACCAUCACCAUGAUCCCUAGCACCAUCACCAGCAUGCAGCCCCUUCAUGCCUUCAACACCUUCCCUUCCACUGGCCACAACAACACCCUGCCCCACCCCCACUCCACCACCAGGGUAUAGUAGAGACUGCCUCAAUGGGGCACCACCUAAGGACCAGGAAUACUGGACUUCCUCCUGAUCUAGAAGGAAGGCCUCUGGAUGUGGGCCUUUAUUCUAUUUCCUCAUACUCUUGUUUCUCUACAAGGUACUCCGCCUUCUCCAUCUUGUGCUGUACAACUUAGCAAGUCCCUCCACUGGUGGUGUAUGAAGACCUCAAUGAACUGCGUGGAGCAGCUGAUCAGUUUGGAGGUGACUUAGAUUUUUCAAAGAUGCUGUUUUCGAAGAGGGUCCACACUUUCUAGUCUAGAGGAACUGUCAAAGAGACUAACGGGUUUUGCCCUUCGGUGUUCUGGUUCGUUUCUUUUUUACUUUGAUGUCAAAUUUUAUCGGUCCUCUAGUGUGUUAAGUAAAUUUAUUUUGCUUUUCUACAUCAGUGUCUUAACUACAACUUUGUUCCUCUCAUAUUUUAAUUGUGAUUCUUUUCAUGACGCUGUUCUGCUCUUGAUGUUCUACAGUGUUGGAAGGGGGUUGGGAGGGUAAAUCACACGUAUGGUAAACAUGGCUAUUAAACAUUUUUAUCUGUAAUUUCAUUCUACCAGCAUUAAUGGUGCCAAGUAUGUAUUAGUGUUUGCUUUCUCAUAAAGGGAAGAAAAAAAUCUAAAAAAUAUAUCCUUUGUACCACCAACUAAGGGAGGCUGUUCUCAUGACCAAGUGCCAAACUGGCUGUCUCGAUUGUGGUUUUCUUUUAUUCAUUUUGUUUUGGUUUUUUAUGUACUUGUUUAAAUGUGUUAUUGUGAAAAGAUUUAUUUUGCUGAAAAUCUAGAUCUAGAGAAAUGCUACUAUAUAUAGUUCUAUAGAAAUGUGUACAAAGGAGAAAGUCUAUAAAGGGGGUUUCUCAGCAGGGAUCUAUGCAUGAAUUAUUUUUAACUACGACAAAAAGAGAGGAGGCAGAAUUUUAGGAUGCACGUUUCCCAAAACAAAUUAGAUCCUUUUGAUCUAUUUGGAGUUUUCUCUCAGAUAAUAAGCACCUCUAAACUUCAUAAAAUCAUUACAUUUCUCUUUGCUACAGAUUGCGGAUCAUUUUAUUAGAUUUCUAAUGAUUUUCUGGUAUUUUACCAAGCAGUUAAAGCAACAAACGAACAGAAAGCAGCUUCAUCCAACUUCUUUAUCCAUCUGUCAGUAUGAUGAUGAUCAGCUUUAGGCUACAUUACAUGCUAGCUUAGUUCUUUAUUUCAUUAAGCAAUGAAACUUAAAAAUAAUUCUCCACCUUCCUCUAUUCUUUUCAUUGACCUGGUUUCAUUUUUUUGUUUUUUAUUAUCAUUAUUAUUAUUAUUAUUAUUAUUAUUAUUUAGAAAAAAACAUCAGAAUCACUUCCCAUUAGCCUCAAUUGCCCCAGCUACCACUAAUCUGAUGAAUUAGAGAGUACAUCUGUGAGUCUGGACCUGACGUAAACUCAUUUUACAUGUUUUCAUUCUGGGUUCAGACCUGUUCUUGUCUCAUUCAGGAUUAGCUUUAUGAGCUGUAGAACACACUGAAGAGGGCCUGUUAGUCGUCACCAUCUGCAGAACACUCCUGGAGAUAAAACUCAUGUGGGGAUCUCCUCAGCAGGGUAAACAGCUGUUUCUGAUUGUGCUCCUUCUGUUUGGGUAAGAAUAUUUAGCUCUACAGUUGAGCAUAACCCCUUCGACUUCUCGGCUGAAGAUAUCAAACAUGAAUCAUGGAUAAAAUUCAGAUGAAACCAAUCUAUGAACAGAACUGUUUGUGCCCAAAGGAACACCUGCAGGGUGGGGGAGUUUGUCACAUUUGCUGUCUUUGCUUGUGCUCUAGCUUUAGCCUGUUGGUUUUCUAUUUUACGGGGUGGGAGAGAACUGGAGCAAGGUGAUGGUUUCCAAACGCACUGGAAGGGAGGUGUGCACAACGUAGAUGACGGAAAGAGUGACAUGAGUGAGCGGAAGGUGGACCCAAGCUGCUGAACAGGACAGCAGCUGAAGAAAUGGGAAACUAUGAGAGUAGAGAAGACUUUGUAGAGAGAUGGAAAAGACUCAGAGCUUUAAAACGAACCAUUAGAAACAGGUUCAGAAACAUGGCUGCUGUUCUCCCUAGCCAAAAGGAGAUCUGUCUACAUGGACCUGUAGGUCCAUCUGAACCCGUUGGUCCUCCUGUGGAGAAGAAGGUGUUGGGGGGUUCUGAAGUAAACCUAAACACUAUCAAAUCGCUGGAGACUGUAGACUCUGUUUUAUAAGCUAACACUAGAGGGCGCCACUGGAGCAGAUUGAUUUGCUGUCAGAAGGAAACAUGAAGAAGAAGAAACCAGAACAGGAGGUUUGAUGGACAAACAUCAUCUAGAUGAGAAUCAAAACUGAACAUUUUUACGUGUCAGAAUCAAACAGAUGAAAUCUUUGUAAAUAUUAAGUUUCUUGUUUGUUUGUUUUUCUUUGUCUGUUUGAGGUUUUCUGAGUGAGUGAAUGAUGAUUAUUUUAGUCAGAAAAAGACAACAGGUGCAGUUUGAAACAACUAAAAGAAAAGGCAGCUUGAUGGGAGCUUUUAAAAAUGGUUUUCAUUGAUGAUUUUUGAUGACAUCAGAAGAAACAGCAGUCAUUUUGGUUUGUAGUUAUAUUAUUGCUCAUCAUGUACCUGCUGUAGCUCCAUGAUUCCUGAUCAGAAAAGUCUCUGAAGCCCUCAGAAGCCCAAAGAUACUGGAUUGGCAUCUAACCCUGUCGCUCAGCUCCUCUAAAACAACUUGUUUCCAUCAUUUGAUCUGAAAUCAGCUUUGAAAUGUUUCACUUUCCUUUGUGAUCCAAUUAGAGUCUAAAUGACCUUAAGAGUGUUUCUAAGAAUCAGAGCUCCUUUCACUGAUUUCUGCUCAGAAACAACAAACAAACCUAAACUAAGACAAGUUUGUUGAGUCAAACAUGAAUGGACUGAUCAUGUAGCAGAGUUUCCAUGUAGCCUUUGAUCCACAUGUGGGACAGAUGUGAGGAUUUGACACCAGAAGUGAUCUGAUGGAGCAGAAAACAGCAGACUGAUGCAAACAUGUCAUCAACUGUUUUCCAUGUUUAGCUCAGUUUUCUUUGUAAAUCUGCUCCUGUUGUCUGGUUGUUGAUCUCCUCUGCUGAAUUAAAAAAGCAGAAGCUGAGAUGAACAAAUGUGUUAAAUAAUAAAACUUUUAAAAUGAUUAUAAAAAGAAAAGUUAAAUCAUAUAAAUGAAUGAGGUGAUGAUAUUUCUGUUGCUUUAGAAGUUAUUCUACACUGUAUGCUGUGAUUCUGAUCUGGGAAACAUUAAAGACAUUCAUAGUCAGACUGAA